AAGUUUACUGAUGGUGAGUCUGGACCAUCAUCGCCACUACAAAGGUCCAUCAAGCCUGCUUCUGUGGGAUCAGUUGAUUCUCACAAAGCUUCUAAACCCAGCAAACUGAACACUGGAACCCCAUCUCGUGGAAAUAGAUUAAGCCAGUCAGUUUCAUCGUUGCCUGAAACAAAGAAGGACAUUGGCUGUGUAACUCCUGAUAUAAAGGUAUCCAUGGCAAGGAUUAGGAGAUUAUCAGAACCGAAAACAAAUAGCAGCCCACUUGUUUCUUCAGUGAAGUCACGGAACACCGAGCCAUCAAAGAAAACAAAAGUAUCUGGUGUGCCUGAAAGCAAAAAAAUAUCAGCAAUUGUGAACCAUGAUAAAAGUAAGAUUGUGUCUCUUCCCGAGCUAAAAAUUAAAACAACUAAAGCCCCUGAUAUUACCAGCAACAAAUCUGAAGGAAAUGCAAUGACUCAGAAGGUGACUGGAAGUAUUUCUUCGACCACCGAUGUUAAUGAACCAAGUAGGAACAAGGAAAAAGUUUCACUUAAUGGCGAUGAGGAUGACAGUACAGUGGUUGAGAAAACUGUUGUGAUGCUUGAAUCCAUUCCUGCAGUAAACUCGUCAGAAGGAACUACUCACUUGAUAAGAACACCAGAUUCACAAAACCAUGAGCUUAUGAGGUUCAAAGGAAACGUAAGUAACAUUGAGAAGGAUUCGUCAAAAUUUACAUGCACAAGUGUUGCUGAAAACCAGUAUCAAGCCCCUUUAGCUCGGGUCUCUUCUUUGGUAGAUCCAUGUACUGAAAUUUCUAAGUAUGACAGAGCAUCUCCAACUUGCAUGCAGGCGCCUUCAACAAUAGACUCAGGGAAUGUUAGAGCUCUUGUAGUUGACACUAGUGACUUAAAACUAGAAAAGAUUUCUGAAGUGCUGGAUAAGCCUCAGAAAAAGAACCAUAGCUCAACUAGAAGCGAACAUAGUGUUGACUCAAACAGUGAGGUUGAAGAGUUGGUUGUGAACGCUGUCUCUUCUAGUGAAGUUCAUACGUUGAAGAAUCUGAUCUCUCAGGAUAAGACCCUGACAGCUGGUAAUACUCCACAAAAAUCUUCUCGCUCAUUUUCGUUGUUGUCACCAUUCCGAAGCAAGACCAGUGAAAAGAAGUAUUCGGCUUGACAAUGAAGUUGAAGCCAUGAACUUUGUUAUUUU